UCUUCCUAAUUCUGUCUUUGAGACCACCAUGAAUGCUCAUAGUUACAGCGUUUACAAUGCCGUCUAUGCUGUGGCACAUGCUCUGAAGGCCAUGCGCUCUUCCAAAGUCAAAGGGGGUCAAAAAAUGGAUGAGAGGAGAUGGAAGCUCUUCCUCCAAUCACCUUGGCAACUCCACCGUUUCUUGCAACAAGUCUCCUUUAACAACAGUGCUGGAGUACAGGUUUCUUUUGGCCCCAAUGGGCAAUUAGAAACUAGAUUUGAUAUUUUCAGUUGGGUCACAUUUCCAAACAAGUCCUUUCUGAAAGUCCAAAUUGGAAAAAUCGACCCCCUGGCUCCCCCAGAAAAACUACUCACCAUUUCUGCCAAGGACGCUGUUUGGCCUCUCAUGUUUAAUCAGAGAAACAGAAGAAUUUUUCUGAACAUAAUGUCAGACUCCAUCUCUUAUCAGCCAGACAAGGUACAAGGGAAGUCAGCCAAUCAAGGUCUUGAACACAUACACCCCCAGCCUCAGGACAUUUUGUGAAAUUUGUAGAGCCAAGCUGACACAUGGUACUCUCUCCUUAAAAAGAAUGGUGCCGACAUCUUAAAUGAGUCCUGUCCCUUGUUGCCAAUAGCUGCACCUUAUCAGAAAAUUUGCACCAACCUCAGAUUCAUUAUUUAGUGUGGGCGAUCUAUGUGCUUCUGGAACCUCAGUUUUUUUUAAACUUGAUCCUUGGCCUAUGUUAGUGUGCACUAACUCAGUUUUUGACUAAUCUCUCUCCUGGAAGAUCUUUCUAACCCAUACCUGGUCCAUAGUUCUGUGCCCUGUUUAGCUUGAAGGGCGACAUCCAGCAACUUGAAUUGCAACUAAUGUUAUUAGAAAUAAUCAUUUAGCUCCUGAAGUAGUUCUGCUAUAUAAAUUAAAAACAUGAGAUUGUUUAUCAA